CUUUGCCAAAAGGGGUUCGGGGAAGACAAAAAGUAGUUUUCUCCUCCUUUUUUGCCCAACUCGCCAUCCUUAGGAAAGGCUGAAUAAAUGAUUAAGAUUAUUUAUUUUGCACGAUAGACGCGGCGAAGGAGCGUAAUACACAGCCAGGCUACUCAUUAAAAUACAUCGAUAGGCAGCCUAAAUAGCCAGGUUAGCGUUUCCCCGUGCAGAACACCAUGAAUAAGCUCUACAUCGGCAACUUGAGUGAAGAAGCGAGCCCGGUGGAGUUGCAAAGUAUCUUCGAAGAGUGGAAGAUCCCUUUCAAUGGGCCGUUUCUCGUUAAAACUGGUUACGCGUUCGUGGAUUGCCCAGACGAGAAGGUAGCUAUGAAGGCCAUCGAUAUUCUUUCAGGUAAAGUAGAACUCCAUGGAAAACUUCUUGAAGUGGAGCACUCUGUACCAAAAAGACAAAGGAGCUGCAAGCUGCAGAUCCGGAACAUCCCUCCACACAUGCAGUGGGAGGUGCUGGACGGCUUGUUGGCGCAGUAUGGCAGCGUGGAAAGCUGUGAACAAGUAAACACAGAGACGGAGACCGCAGUUGUCAACGUCCGGUACGCCUCCAAGGAUCAGGCUCGUCAAGCAAUGGAGAAGCUGAACGGUUUCCUGAUGGAGAGCUACGCCCUGAAGGUGACCUACAUCCCAGAUGAAGCGGCUGCACAGGAGCCCCCACCCAUGACGGGCCGGCGCGGUUUUGCGGCGCGUGGCCCCCCCCGGCAGGGCUCCCCUGGCGCCGGAGCUCGCCCCAAACUACAGUCUGACGUACCUCUGCGCAUGCUGGUCCCCACGCAGUUUGUGGGCGCCAUCAUCGGCAAGGAAGGAGCCACCAUCCGCAACAUCACCAAGCAGACGCAGUCCAAGAUCGACAUCCACCGGAAGGAGAACGCAGGUGCCGCAGAGAAGCCCAUCACGGUACACUCCACGCCAGACGGCUGCUCUGCUGCCUGCAAGACCAUCAUGGAGAUCAUGCAGAAGGAGGCUGUGGACACUAAGUUUACGGAAGAGAUUCCCCUCAAAAUCUUGGCCCACAACAACUUUGUUGGCCGAUUGAUUGGAAAGGAGGGCCGGAACUUGAAGAAGAUCGAGCAGGACACGGAGACGAAGAUCACGAUUUCUCCCCUGCAGGACUUGACCCUCUACAACCCAGAGAGGACCAUCACUGUGAAGGGCUCCAUCGAGGCCUGCGCCAAAGCCGAGGCCGAGGUCAUGAAGAAGAUCAGGGAGUCCUACGAGAAUGACGUGGCUGCUAUGAAUCUCCAGUCUAACCUUAUCCCAGGUUUGAACCUGAACGCCCUUGGGCUCUUCCCUACCUCAUCGCCUGGCAUGAGUCCAUCCAUGUCAGCCCCUCCCCCUGGAGCCCAGGCCGGAUACCCCUCCUUUGGGCAUCCAGAGUCUGAGACAGUCCACCUGUUCAUCCCUGCCCUGGCUGUUGGUGCCAUCAUUGGUAAACAGGGCCAACACAUCAAGCAGCUUUCACGAUUUGCCGGAGCAUCGAUCAAGAUCGCACCGGCUGAUGGUCCUGACGCCAAGCAGAGGAUGGUGAUCAUCGCAGGACCUCCGGAGGCACAGUUUAAGGCUCAGGGCCGGAUAUUUGGGAAGUUGAAAGAGGAGAACUUCUUUGGUCCCAAGGAGGAAGUAAAACUGGAAGCACACAUAAAAGUGCCGUCCUUCGCUGCCGGUCGAGUGAUUGGCAAGGGUGGGAAAACGGUGAACGAGCUACAAAAUCUCACCAGUGCAGAAGUGGUCGUACCCAGAGACCAAACACCUGACGAGAAUGAUCAAGUCAUUGUCAAAAUCACUGGUCACUUCUAUGCAAGUCAGCUUGCGCAGCGAAAAAUUCAGGAAAUCUUGUCCCAGGUUAAAAGGCAACAGCAGCCCAAAGCAGUACCUGGGGGGCAGCCUGUGCAGAGGAGGAAAUAGGAGGGGGGGGUGCUCUCUGUAGGUGACCCCACGCACCCAGGCCUGUGGGGAUGGAGUGGAGACCAAAGAACAACAAGGGACACGGGUGGCUUUUAAACAGGAGACA